GGAACAGCGCGCUGUGUUCAUUCAUCUCCGCCGGCGCUGUGCUCCAUAGACCGCGCAGCGACACCGCCGCGCAUCCCAGCAGCCCCCCGAGGCGCCCCCGAGGCAGCCCCGAGCCACCACCAGCGGCGCACGCCACGCGCGGGCGCCCCAAGCGUGCCACGAGCAACAGGAGCAACAGCGCACGAGACGCGCCAUAAAGCAUGCCCAAGAAGGGCAAGAAGGGCAAGAAGGCCGCCGCCGAGGAGGCCGCCCGCCUCGAGGCCGAGAAGGCCGCCGCCGAAGCCGAGGCGAAGCGCAAGUUCGAAGAAGAACUAAAAGCGCGCGAAGCCGCCUUGUUACUCCGCGAGGAACAGAUCGCGAAGCGCGAGCAGGACGCCCAAGCUUUAGAAACUGAUUUUAGAUCCAAGCUGGAGGGUCUCGACGCCGAAGUAACCCUAAGAGCGAGGUCGGGCAUCGCGGCCGCGGAAGCGAGAGAGGCGGCCACGGAGCGACGAGCCAAGAUGCGCGAGGAAGAAGCGGCCCAGCGCGAAGCCGUGUUUCGGGAGGCCGAGACGACGAUGGCGGUCCGGGAGGUCGAGGUCGCGGCUCGAGAAGCCGCGAUGGGAGAAAACGUCAUAGGCGGCGUCGCGGCGCGCCUCGACGCCAUGCUCAGCGACCAGGCCAUUUCCCGGGACCAGAUGACGCAGCGCAAGAAGGAGAUCGCGAAAGAAAGGGAGGCCCUCAAACUCCGCGAGCAGGCCUGGCGCGACGAGGUCCUCAAGAUGGAGGCGACGCUGGCCCAGAAGGAGCGCGACGCGCGAGGCCGCGUCGAGCGCGAGGAGCGCAAGCUCAUGCAGAAGGACUUUACGCUGAAAAGGCGAUUGGCGCGACGGGUCAAGGAGGCUUCGGCGAUCGUGCAGGCGCACCGGGCGGAAUGUGACGUGCGCGACCGCCGGUUACGGGUGAGGGAGGAGGAGAUUCGGAGGCGGAACACGGACUUGGUGUAUCUACUGCGAAGGGCGCGGAAGUACGAGGCCACGGCGAAGAGGUCGCAGCAGCGUCUGGACCCCGCGACGGUCGACGUCGACGACGCGCCCUGGGAACAGAGACCUCAAACAGCACCCUUGCGUCGCAGUGUGACGCCGGAGAUCAACCCUGAAUUAGAUGAUUUAGAAUUGAGGGCCACUCAGGGUCUCGAGACCUACGGUGCUGACUCGGAGCAGAAAAUGAACUUGAACUUGAACUGUGGUCGCGGCGAUGGCGUCAACGCGACGUCACGUCACCGUGACGCCAUCGGCGCGGCCGCGCGAGAGUCUACGCGUCUCGCGAGUGCACGGAGACAAUUUCGUGACGGUGUCUGUUCCACGCAGGUGAUGAGGUCCCGGACGCGAACGAGAUCAAGUCGCCCACGAACUUGUACCGCCCGCCGACGAACCCCGCCGAGAAGUUCACGGACUUUAAGAAGCUGCCGGAGCCGUCCGUGCCCGCCGACGAAUUUAGAGCGGUGCUCAAGCGCGUCCAGGGCAUGGAGGACGAGCUCGCGCAGGAGUUACUCGGACAUACCGGUGCCGAUCCGGACGACGAGGCCGACGCCGUCGAGGCGGCGUUGAAAGACGUGCAAGCUGCCGAGAGGUUGGUCUUGGCGGCCGAAGGCUUGUCGGCGUCGCCUUCGAAGUCACGGCCGUAUGCUGCCCGGAACUUAGAUGCCGCCUUGGGCCCGGCGCCGGCGCCGUUCUCGUUGGACGACGACGGGCCCGUUGGCUUCGACCUGCCCGAUUUUGCCGUGGAGGCCUAG